GAUUUUCUUUCUCACUGCUGUGCUUGUGCUUCAUUCAGAAAAAGAAAGGGGGCAGUCGAAAUAGAGUUUUUUGACCGUUUUCAUGAAAGCCAUUAAGAAAACUGAGCUGGUAGUGUGUACAGACAAGAAGACAACACGGCAAGCUUGAAGACGACAAAAGUUGAACGAGCUGAAGAGACGGAAGAAAGACCUUAAACACCCUACAACUCCAGCAGGAAAUGGGAUACAUUUAUUUGUAGUAAUAGGGGAGAGAAAACUAAUGACAGCGUUGCCCAGAUCUGCUUCUGCUGCUCAUUCUCCUGCGAUGAUUUGGUUUUAUCUGAGACACCUGAUCUGAUUUGGCGCGAGAUCCAUAGAGCUGAACUCUAAAUACAGGAAGGAUGUGCACUGACUCCUGACUGUAGGACGGACCAUGCUGCUGCACUAAGCUGAAGAGAGAGAGAGAGGGAGAGAGGCCCCUGAGGACCCCUGAGGUGGUGGCUGGUCGUUUGGUGCCCCUCCCACUUGUCUGGCUGGCUAGCUGCUGCCUCUUCAAUUCACCUGAUUGCUCCCUUCCCCAGAGGCUAAGACUUGCUAUGGACUGCACUUCGCCUCCUGCUGCAGCCCAGUCGAGUACACUACGUUAGUGGGCCCCCACAUCUUUCCGUGUGGUUCCUGUCCAGACUCAGUGAACAGAGUCCAGCUCCGAUCUGGUACCACCUACAGCCACUGCUGGGUCCUCCACCCAACCCCCUCCCCACUCCCACCCUCCCCCCUUUCCCCUAAAAAGAUGUCAGUGAGCCUGACAACGGACAUCCAGCAGGAGGGAGAGAGUGGGCCACUUAUUGAGCCCUGCAGUCGAGGCAAGACCUCCCCUCAACCACAGGGCACCAAAGAAGGAACUGGAGAGAGCCUGGAGCCGGAUGAUAGCUCUCCACAGGAUGCACAGAAGCGGGCUCCUAACCACAGCCAUGGAAGGAAAAGGGCCAAGUCUAAUGCCAAACUGAAGCUGGUACGAAGUCUUGCAGUGUGUGAAGAGUCCUCCGGUCCGUUUUCCAAUGAUGGACCACCAGAAUCGGAUAUCAUCCAGCUUCACAUCAGCUGUCCAUCUGACAAAGAGGAGGAGAAGUCCUCGAAGGACGAGUAUGAAAAUGAAGAGGAGAAGAAGGACAAGACUCCCCGAAAGAUGCUGUCACGUGACUCCAGUCAGGAAUAUACUGACUCCACAGGCAUCGACGUUCACGAGUUUCUGGUCAACACACUGAAAAACAAUCCCAGGGAUCGAAUGAUGCUGCUUAAACUGGAACAAGAUAUCCUGGAGUUCAUUAAUGACGACAAUAACCAGUAUAAGAAGUUUCCACAAAUGACUUCUUAUCAUCGUAUGCUGCUGCACCGUGUGGCUGCCUACUUUGGCAUGGACCAUAAUGUGGAUCAGACAGGAAAGGCUGUCAUCAUCAACAAGACGGGCAACACACGCAUCCCAGAACAAAGGUUCUCUGAACACAUCAAGGAUGAACGCAACAUGGACUUCCAGAAGAAGUUCAUCCUUAAGAGAGAUGAUGCUAGCAUGGACAAAGAUGAUAAUCAGAUCCGCGUGCCACUGCAGGACGGGCGGCGUAGCAAGUCCAUUGAAGAGCGAGAGGAAGAAUAUCAGCGGGUACGAGACCGGAUCUUUGCCCGAGAAGUAAGUAUUGAACAUGGAUGGAGGAGCAAUCCUGUAACUCUAGCGUUUUCUCCUAAUGUUAACCCCAACAGACUUUCCACUGAGGGCUACUGCUCUAGCUCUCAAAAGAGGAGGCAGAUCUUUAGAAACCGCGAGAGCUCCAGCCGGGCAUCAAGCAGCCGUCAAAGCAGCACGGACAGUGACAUGAAGUGCCUGGAGCCAAGGCCAUGGAGCAGCACCGACUCAGACAGCUCUAACCGCACUCUCCGGCCACCCGUCACUAAGGCCAGCAGCUUCUCUGGUAUCUCCAUCCUUACCAGGGGGGAUAGCCUUGGCAGCAACAAAGGCUCGCAAGGGAGCUGCAAAGGCUCUCGCUCUGGCCUUCCCCUAGUCAGCCCUGAUGUAUGUCCUCCACCUGCAGCCUCCCAGUCCAGCCGUAGUCUGCUACCCUGCCCGUCUCAACAGCCACAGCAGCCACAGCCCCAGGCUCCACCUCAGACUGCCCUGCUGCCCACACCGCCGCAGCACCCUAUGAGCAACCACAUGAUUGCUCAGCCGGUGGCGUCUCUGCAGCCCUCUCAGCCUGUCUCCUACUCCAGCCCUUCCUGCCCCCAGGUUCUCCUGCCAGUUUCUCCUCCCCAGCAGUACACAAUGGGAGAAGAGCUGGCACCCCAGUUCACACAGAUGACGCUGAGUCGGCAGGGCUCCAGUGAGAACCCCGAGCCUCCCCCUAUGUAUCAGGCUACUCCUCCAGUGCUGCCGCAGCACCCCCCACCGCAGACCGGCUACAUUAUGGCUACUACGGGUCAACCUUUGCCACCUCCGUCUGGUUACCAGCCCACCACUGGACACCCCCAUCCUCCACCUCCACCGCCUCCUCCAUCCCAGCCUGUCAUGCAGGCCGCACCACCUCCACAAGGCUACAUGCAGCCCCCUCCACCUCAGCAGAUACAAGUCUCAUACUACCCUCCUGGUCAGUAUCCAAGCUCAGGCCAGCAGUACCGUGUGCCCCAGCCAAUGUCCCACCAGGUGUCUUACCCAACCCAACGCACACAACCCAUGCCUCAGCCAGCACAGCAGUCAGGUCUUCAGACCAUGAUGCCCAGCCAGCAGCCGAGUUACCAGGGCAUGAUGGGUGUGCAACAACCCCAAAAUCCUGGACUGCUCAAUUCACAGAGAGCAGGAAUGGGAGGACAAAUGCAGAGCAUAAUGGUUCAGUACCCACAGAUGCCAUCAUAUCAGGUGCCUGUGGGUAAUGAAAAUCAGCAGGUGGUGCAGCAGCAGUACCAGCAGCAGGUCAUGGUCCCAGUCAGCCAGUCUGUCCAGGGGCCCAUGCCUGUUUACUACAGUGUUAUCACACCCACACAGCAGAAUAGCACAAGUCCAUCAGUAGGUUACCUGCAGCCCCCCAGCUCUGAGCAGUAUCAGAUAACACAGUCACCAUCCCCCUGCAACCCUCCACAGUUGCAGCAGCAAUAUUCAGGAGUACCACCUCCUGGGCCUGGGGUGAUGGUCAUGCAGCUCAGUGUCCCCAAUGGACCCCAGCCUUCCCAGAACCCCCCUCUUGUCCAGUGGAACCCUUGCAAGUACUACAGCAUAGAGCAAAGGGCAAGCAAGCCAGGCGAGCUCUACAAACCUGACAACACUCCACAGGCCAGUACUCAGCUGACGAGUCCCCUGGCCUCCCCCACUCAGUCUCCCACCCCGUCACCUUCUGGCAGCGUCAACAGUGUCUGUCCAGGCCUGGGACCAUUACCCCUCAUUUCCCAGUUUCCCCGGCCAGGAGGGCCAGCUCAAGGUGAUGGUCGCUACUCUCUUUUGGGGCAGCCCCUCCAGUAUAGUCUGUGUCCCCCACACCUCAUGCACGGUCAGUCCUCCUACAGCUCUCAUCAGGGCCAAGGAGUAAUGAAACACGGAGCACGAGGGAAAAAACAAACACUCAAAUCUGCAUCGACAGAUCUUGGUACCACUGAUGUAGUGGUGAGUCGAGUACUCGAGGUGACAGACCUGCCGGAGGGGAUCACACGUCCAGAGGCUGAAAAGCUCUUCAACCAGCUGUCGCUGUGCGGUGCCAAGAUCCAGUGGCUGAAGGAGCCCCAAGGAGGCCGAGGAGGAGCAGGGGGCUGCGGCCCCUGUCCUGGUGCUGGGCCUUCAGGGCCAGGAGCAACAGCAGGCCCCGGAGCUAGCAUGGGAGCUGGGGGAGCGAAGGGCGACGGAAACGACCCAGCUCACCUCUACACAGUAGUGGCAGUGUUCCCCAACACCAUGGCUGCCCAGAGUGCUUCCUUCAAACUUAACAACAGUGGGGCCAGCCUCUUCAAACUGAGGGCCGCCAAAAAGAACUAUGACCUGCGCGUGCUGGAGAGAGCCAGUUCUCAGUGAGAGGAAAAGAGAGGGGGAGGAACGAAGGGGAAAGACAGACAGAAAGAGAGACACUUAUUGGAGUGGUGGAAAAGGGAGGAGGACUGAGGGGGACUGCUCUUAGUGUACAAUUUAAAAAAAAAAAAAAAACUUGAUUUAAAUCAUGUGUCAAAUGUAUAAAAGGGAAGAGGGUGUGAAUCAUGAGGUGGCUGGUGUUUGGUUGCAAAUAUGAUUUUGUUGUUUGUUUUUAUUCAUUGUUUUUGUUUUGUAUUUAUAUCGCAGAAGAGCACACAAGACACGCGAGCAUGUGUUUCACUGUUGCCGUGGAAUGUGUGCUGCCAUGAUACAAAAACACACAUAACAGAAACACAAGUGCAGGCAACAGGGUCACGUAGCACAUAACAAAAACACACUGGACAGUCGACCUCAGUCAAACCUUUUCCUCCUCUUCCUCCCUCCCCCCCUUUGACCCUUCCUCCUUUUUUUCUGCCAGCGCUUUCUCACCUUCCUCGACUUUCUGUCACACAGUCGUCUCUUUAUCUCACAUAUUUAUAAAUUUUCAUACGGCACAGUUGCGUACUCUCCGCUUUCUCCUGCUGCUCCCCCCUCUUGCCAUGUCUCAAACUGCCUCCUAUCUUUCUCUGCUCCUCUGUCCCUCUCAUGUAUUCUGUCACUGCUCUCUCUCUCCUCUCUUGCUUUGUUUGCCUUACUGCUGUUGUGGGUUUCUGUAUUGCGCUGUUUUCUUUUUUUCUUUUUUUCUCAGAAGUUUUUCUUUGUUUGUUUUUUGGGGUUCAAUAUAUUUAUAUAAGUGAUGUAAGGAAUAAAAGAAAUCUAUAUAUUCGGUGAAUUUUUUUUUUCUUCCCUCCCCCCCUGAGUGACAAAGGUUAGGCCUUCCUAUUUAUCCCUUUACUCCUUCCCUCUUCAUCCCCGCUCCUCUUCCCAUCUUUUUUUUUCCUUACUGCCCUCUACCUCACUUCUUCUGCCCCUCUCCUCUCUCCCACAGCCGCCCCACAUGCCCCAGCUCCACCCCCCCAGACGCCCUGUUGUGUUUGCGUUUUUUUCGUUGACAGCUGUGCAGAACGUAUCAGAAGAAGUAGUAAAAGUGCACAAUGAUUGCAUAUGUCUACUGUAAAUUUUAUUUAAUCUGUUAUUUUUGGUUCGUUUUUAAAAAUAUAAAAGUCGAGAAAAAAAAUCUAU